AUGGCCGCGGCUCCCGGAGGGUCUGCGCCGCCCGUCGGUCCCUGCCCGCGCCCGGGUUUCAGUACCGCGGACAGCGGCGUCAGCAUGAGCGGGCUAAACCCAGGUCCUGCUGUGCCCAUGAAGGACCACGACGCCAUCAAGCUCUUCGUGGGGCAGAUCCCGCGGGGCUUGGACGAGCAGGACCUGAAGCCGCUGUUCGAGGAGUUCGGCCGCAUCUACGAGCUGACGGUGCUGAAGGACCGGCUCACCGGCCUCCACAAAGGCUGUGCCUUCCUCACCUACUGCGCCCGGGACUCUGCUCUCAAGGCCCAGAGUGCACUGCACGAGCAGAAGACCCUGCCAGGGAUGAAUCGUCCAAUCCAAGUGAAGCCGGCUGCCAGUGAGGGCCGAGGAGAGGACCGAAAGCUGUUUGUGGGGAUGCUGGGGAAGCAGCAGGGCGAGGAAGACGUCAGACGCCUGUUCCAACCCUUCGGCCAUAUUGAGGAGUGUACCGUCUUGCGAAGCCCAGAUGGCACCAGUAAAGGCUGUGCCUUUGUAAAAUUUGGGAGUCAGGGGGAAGCUCAGGCGGCCAUCCAGAGUCUGCACGGCAGCCGGACCAUGGCGGGCGCCUCAUCCAGCCUCGUGGUCAAGCUGGCGGACACGGACCGGGAGCGCGCGCUGCGUCGGAUGCAGCAGAUGGCGGGUCAGCUGAGCGCCUUCCACCCCGCGCCGCUGCCGCUCGGGGCCUGUGGCGCUUACACCACGGCGAUCCUGCAGCACCAGGCGGCCCUGCUGGCGGCGGCACAGGGCCCGGGUCUAGGCCAGGUGGCCGCAGUGGCCGCACAGAUGCAGCACGUGGCGGCCUUCAGCCUGGUGGCCGCGCCGCUGCUGCCCGCAGCAGCCACCUCCCCUCCGGGCGGCGGCCCCGGAACACUCCCGGGUCUCCCGGCGCCUAUCGGAGUCAAUGGAUUCGGCCCCCUGACCCCGCAGACCAACGGGCAGCCGGUCUCCGACACUCUCUACAAUAAUGGGCUCUCCCCUUACCCAGCCCAGAACCCCGGCGUGGCUGACCCUCUGCAGCAGGCCUACGCUGGGAUGCACCACUACGCAGCAGCCUAUCCAUCGGCCUACACCCCAAUGAACACAGCUUUUUCCCAGCAGCCUUCAGCCCUGCCCCAGCAACAAAAAGAAGGCCCGGAAGGCUGUAACCUCUUCAUCUAUCACCUGCCUCAGGAGUUUGGUGAUGCAGAACUCAUACAGACAUUUCUGCCCUUUGGAGCUGUUGUCUCUGCCAAAGUUUUUGUGGAUCGAGCCACCAACCAGAGCAAGUGUUUCGGAUUUGUUAGCUUUGACAAUCCAACCAGUGCCCAGACAGCUAUUCAGGCCAUGAAUGGCUUUCAAAUUGGCAUGAAGAGGCUCAAGGUCCAGCUAAAGAGGCCCAAGGAUGCCAACAGGCCUUACUGA